AUCCCAAAAUUGUGAGUAUCGCCGAUCCGAUUAACCAGGUGGUUGUUAGGGGCGAGAGGAGGUACAAACUCUCUCGCCAUGGGAUUCAAUUUAGACCACAUGUCGACUAAGUUAUUCAUAUCUUUCUCAAAGCCACUAGUUUUAUCGAAUGAUAUCUGAUGGGGGCGAUCUUCUGAAAGGUCGCCAGAAUUGGCCACCGCCGCCGCCACUGCUGAUUGCGAUUGCACUCAUUCGGCAUCUAGGUCCCAUCGCUUAUGUCAUCAGUCUCGUUAGUCCACUCUGGCUGCUGCUGUUGGUGUUCGCACUUCCCAUCGGCCAUCAAAGGCAGCGUACCUCUCCACCGCUAUCUCAAUCGAUUUUGUCUUCAAACACUUUGAGUACGUAUCUUCGGCGAUCGGCACUUCCCCCAGCUCUCGAGUCCGCACUUUUCACUUCAUCUUCCAGCCACGGAUCUCAUGACAAUGAUGAAAUCAUCUGGUGCCCCUUGUCGCCAUCCUCAUCAAUUUCGUUUGGGGACGAUGAGGUCAAUUCUCCAAUCAUCCCUUCCUCAUCCGCCUCUCGAGCACACGAUUCAAUCCACCAAUCCUCGAACAGACCACUCCCUUAAUCCAUAGAGGGAUUAAACAGCGAUGUGAAGCGCAAAGUCCAAUUGCUUCAAUCGAUAGUCAGAUAAGAGGAGAGGGGGUUUAGGCGUUGAGAAGAGUGGCGAAAGGAAUAGAUCACCCAACUAAGAUUGAAAGUAAACGUAGCUUGAUAGAUUGGAGACAUGAUUAGAAUAAAUUUUGGUACCGUAA